AUGUCCACACUCGAUCACGACCUUGCUGCUGUUCGCAAUGCCAUUUCUAAGAAACAGCCCUUCAUCACUGGUACCCAUCCUCUUACCGACAACUCUGGACUCUUCUUUUUUCGGACAGGAGGCGGUACAGGAGCACAUUGUAUAGACCUCGCCAACGCCGACGACGCGAGCCUUCAAGUUUUGCUAGAAGCGUGUCAGCCGGCUCCUUUCGGCAUCGACAACAAAGAUGUAUUGGAUGAAACCUAUCGAAAAGCUUGGAAGAUGGACAACUCCAAUUUCGCGACGCGCCUUGACGUGGUUAAUACCGGAAUCUUGGAUUGUAUUCGCUCAAUGCUUAUGCAGGGAAACAAGAACAAGAAAAUUCGGCCGGAAAUGUACAAGUUGAAUGUUUAUGGUCCUGGCUCUUUCUUCAAAGCACACAAGGAUACUCCCCGCGGCGAGAACAUGUUCGGUUCACUCGUUGUUGUUUUCCCGACUCGCCACGAGGGAGGAGCCCUUCAACUCCGUCAUAAGGGUCAAGAAUGGACCUUUGAUUCUGCAGCCAUCACUUCCACGCAAGACGUCCCUUCAAUUGCUUACGUCGCAUUCUAUGGCGACGUCGAACACGAAGUCUCCAUGGUCACCUCUGGUUAUCGCGUCACUUUGACUUACAACCUCUAUUUUGACGACACCUCAUCUAAGCCGGGUCCCAUAUAUUCCUGGAUGAAGGAAGACGAACUUGCACUCCGUACAUCUCUAUCCGCCCUUCUUGAUCAUCGCGAUUUAUUGCCCGAUGGCGGAUAUCUCGGUUUCGGUCUCGAAUUCAUGUACCCCGUCGCCCGAGGGACUAUCAGAGGGCUAAUCAACUCCCUCAAAGGAAGCGACGCCAUGAUUAAACUCGUCCUGGAACAACUCAAUCUCAAGCCCCAGGUCAAAAUCAUCUACGAGGAUAACGAGGACGCAUACCCUGCAGGUCACCAUUAUGGGGAUGACCAGCCACCUCUCAAGAGGCCUCACAUCAUGCUGGACGACGAGGAUGAACUUCCGGACUGGGAAACGGAGGAGCCUUUUCGGAUUUCGAUACCCGAAGGUGGACACGGAAUCGUGAUUUGCGGCGCGGAUGAGGUUGGCGAAUACUCCGACUACGGCCAUGAGGUCCUUCGAGCUAAGAAGGUGUUAUGGGUCACGCCACAAAUGACGUUCACCAGCCUCAAGUCCCCUUACGUGGCUUAUGGAAACGAGGCAUCGCUUGGGUUCACAACUUUGGUAGGAUAUGUGUGGAUGAUCUCCGACAAUGGGGCACCAGAAUGCCGGAUCGGUAGUUAG